UCAGACUCAUCACCUCACGAAGCGUCUCUCCCCCGAUCAUCCUCUCCACCUCUGCAGAAUGGCUGGCUCAAAGGCUCUUCCCACGCUCUGCUUCCUCUUGUGUGCCGCCUCUUGUGCGCUAGCAGCUGCUUCAUACGACUACAUGAUCCUGUCUCUCAUAUGGCCGGGGACUCGCUGCCAGCCAGGGUGGUUCUGGCAGCCGACCUGCUGCGUUGACCCGCUCAUCGACAACCCCGAGAUAGACUUCCUGGUGGAGACCAUGGAGACCUACGACAGCGCCACCGGCAAGCUCGUCGCCAACUGCGAACCCAGCUGCCGCUUCUUGAUAAACCCGCUUGUCGAUCUGUUGGACGACUUGAACGCCUACUGGCCCAGCUUGAGCUGCCCAGCCCAGAACGGGACGCAGAAGUGGAAGGCCGCCUGGUGUACCUACGGCAACUGUACCAGCCUCAGCGAGGUGAAUUACUUCGGCCGGGCGCUUCAGCUCCGGGCUCGAGCCGACGUCCUCCAUGCCCUCGGCUCCAAAGCAAUCAUCCCGUCGGAGACGAAGAGCUACAGCCUGGAGGACAUCAACGACGCGUUGGUGCCCAGGAUCGGGUUCUCGUUCACGGUGGUGUGCAUCAGGAAUUACAUUAUCUGGCCUUUAAUCUACAACGACUACCUCUCCCAGAUCCGCGUCUGCGUCUCCAGCGACGGGAGGUCGAUCAUCGGCUGCCCCAACGGCAGGGAGAGUAACUGCGGCGACACGGUCAAGUUCCCCACUGUGUCGUACCCACUGCAUGGCCGUGAAGACGACGCCGUUUCCAAGACAGUGAUCGAGUUGCCCUCCGGCGACGAUAUGGCACUGUGAUGGAGGAACUGCUUUAAGCCUGUCUUCUUCUGCUUGGCGUGAUCCACAUGCAUGCACUUAUGGUGACGUGAGCUGUCGCGUCGUCUUUUACUCCCGAGUUGUAGAGUCGCAUCAUCUUCACUCCUGCAGUAAUAAAAGUGGUGUUUCUUAAACAUA